UUUAUUGAAAAUUCGUCAGAAUGUCUUGUAGUUAUUGGUUAUGUUGAUAAUGUUAUUGAUAUGACUAAAGCAACAGUACCCACAUUAAUUGCAGAGGUUGAGGAGAAAAAUGAUUUGUUAAAUGGUAGAAGUAAAGCAGUUGUUCGUCUUUUGUGUGAUAAUGACGCUAAGAGAUUUUAUUAUGAAUUAUAUGAGUUUGAGGUUUAUUUGGAUGUUGUUAAGGAUUUUUAA